GUUGUCACAGAUUAGGGGAGGGGCUGCUGUGUAGGUUUAAGUGUUUAAGGUCUGUUUUGGUGUUCUCUAUUCUACUACGGUCUAGGUUUCCUUGACAUUACAAUGCACAGUUUUCUAAGAGCAAAUUCAGCUUACAGCGAAGCAAUACUUUGUCUGGGCAUUAUAUGUGCUGUAGUGCUUUGUAGUUCAGGAGACGUACAACCUAGAGACCCUGUGGACUGUUCACUGUCUGAAUGGUCUUCAUGGACACGCUGUGACCCCUGCCAUAAGAAGAGGUAUCGCUACGCCACGCUUAUCCAGCCGUCUGAGUUUGGAGGGGAGCCAUGUCAUAAUCAUGGCAGAGAGGAGGAACCCUGCACUGUUCCAUCACGAUACUCCUGCCAGAAACCCACUCCUCCAUGCCAAGGCUUCAGUUGUACUGUCACAGGUCGCUGUGUGCUGGAGGAUCUUCGCUGUAAUGGUGAUGAUGAUUGUGGGGAUGGUUCUGAUGAACAGGGCUGUAAUAAAGUGAAAAAAGCAUGCAAUCAGCCAACUGAGGAAUAUUAUGGAAUCGAGAACCUUGCCAAAGGAAUCAACAUUUUGAAUGGUAAACUGGAAGCAGUGGUGCUUGAUAACCGAUACUACGCUGGUGGCUGCUUGCCUCAUUUUAUCCAGGAUGUUCGCUUCAGGAAGCCAUAUAACAUACAACAGUACACAAUAGAGACAAAAGGCUCCUAUGAUUUCACGAUGGAGGCAUACGAGUCUUACAAUGAAUACUUCAUGAGUGAAAGCAAGGCAACUUUAUCCAAGACCAGCGUCUCAUUUGGAAUUGCUAUUCCUGAUGUUUUUGAAUUCAGUUUUAAUUACAAUAACCAUAAGUACAAGAAGUCAGUGAAGAAGAUGCGCAGCUUUUCAGGGACGAAAAAAAAAUUUAUCCGAGCACACUCUGAGCUUGAAGUAGCACGCUAUGCUUUAAAGACAUCAAACCUGAUGUUACACCCUGAAUUCCUGUCCCGCUUGCACGCCCUGCCACCGGAAUACACGUAUGGAGAAUACCGGCAGCUCUACAGUGACUAUGGGACACAUUUUAUCAAAGAGGCAACUCUCGGUGGAGAUUUUGAAUAUACCAUUGUCCUCAAUGAUGAGCGACUUGAAAAAGCUGGAUACACACUUGAAGAAACCAAGAAAUGUGUGCAGUUUGGGCUUAAAGUUGGAGUCAACAUUAAAGUGUAUCUGGGUGCAGGAAUUUCAGCUGGUAGCUGUGAAGGCCUGUUGAAAGAGCUUGGAGAUUCCAGUAAAGAAAGGGAAAUGGUGGAAGACGUCUUUAUUGUGGUCAGAGGGGGUGACAGUGAAACAGUGUCACGUCUAGCUGCAAAACAGCUACCAACUCCAGACAUUAUGCAGCUGUGGGGUGAUGCUGUGUUCUACAAUCCAGAUUUUAUUCGUAAAAAGAUAGAACCACUUUAUGAGUUGGUGCCAUCACAACACUCAAAUGCUAACAUCCUGAAGAAAAACCUAAGGCGAGCUCUGUCAGAGUACCUAAAAGAAAUCAGCUCCUGUCGCUGCUCCCCCUGUCUCAAUAAUGGCAUGGCAGUGCUCAAAGGCACAAGGUGUAUUUGUAUUUGUCCAGCUGGUUUCAGAGGAGUGAGCUGUGAGAUCACCCAACAGAAAGCAUUGGCUGUAGAUGGCAGUUGGAGCUGCUGGUCUUCAUGGUCCACCUGUACAAGGAAGACCCAGCUUCGCACCCGCCAAUGUAACAAUCCGGCCCCGCAGAAUGGUGGAGCAGCAUGCCUUGGGCCUCAAGAGGAAUCAGCUGAUUGCCUCUAACAUUGUGUCAUCCAUCAGUUUCACAAUAGACCCUUUUCACAUUCUCGGGGUUCUCAGAAGCAGAAGUUGUCGUAGUUGUGUGUAAAUGUCUACAGCGGUAAACAGGAGACGAGAGCAAAAAUAUUUUUUGUAUUUGCAUUUGCUGUAAUAGCAAAAGAAAAAUCCAUGAUAGUUUUUCCACGAGUUUCCAAAAGAGGGAAAAAACAUUGAGAGAUUGGCUGCAGCAGUCAGAAGAGAGAAAGAUGUCAAUUUGCCAUCACUCCCUCAGUCACUGUAUUAGAAACACUCUCACAGCAGCGUUAAUUCUUUUUUUUUUUUUUUUUUUUUGCCUAGGUAAUAUAACACAAUAUAGCGUUAUACAUGUGUAUUCAAUUUUUAAAAAAUGAAAUAGAUUUGCAAUGUUGAUAACUGUGGAAAUGUGCCAUCACAGUCUGUGAAAAGUGUCCAUAGUAUCAAAAAGACUUAAAAUUAUACAUUAACACAUUGUUGUAAAUGUAUUAAUUUACUCUGCCAAAUAUGGUGGGCAUAUGUAAAUAAAUCAAUUUCUUUAACCAAAGCUGUAAUAAAUGCUCGAAAAAAAUAAAAUAAAAAAAUAAAAAAAUAAAGUUGAAUGCAUAAAUCUU